AUGAUAGACACCCUUACUCCGGGAAAGUUUGGAUUAUCUGAAACUGAAACUUUGAUACAUUUGAGCUUUGCUUUUGGGUGUUACGGGUUCCAAAUAUUUUGUUCACAAAGUUGGGAAAAUAUGAUCAUCCUUGUCUUUUUAGUCUUUCAAAACUCAAAAACACUCCCACUACCUACUCUUUCUUUGGCUUUUACAUUUUCUUCUUUUUUCUGUACCUUAACGCCUGAGAGUUUUACAAAAAUGGCUCAAAAUGAUGGUGGUAGUAGCGGUGGAAGUAAUCCAGUCGAUAACCUCGCUAGUCGACCUAAGAGGAAAAGAAUAACCAUUCACAUACAGAGUCAGGACGAGAAUAGGUUGGCAUUUAAAAUUAUGCCCAAUCUCAAACUAAGCAAAAUGUUUCAUGAAUACUGCCAAAGGAAGCAAUAUGAUCUCCGGACUGUUCGGUUUUUUCAUGAAGGUCGUCGUCUUCUAGGCAAAUAUACCGCUGCUAAGCUAAAUUUGGAGGAUCAAUCUCAAAUUGAUUGCAUGUUUCAUCAAACUGGAGGCGGCCUCUAA